UAGAUUCAUCAGUUGGUUUUCUCAUAAAUACAUACAAGGUGAAUAUGGAAUCCAUAAGUCUUAAGAGUAUCAUUAUUGGAGUGCUCAUGCUAGGACUAGUCCUUCAACAGACCCAUAUAGAGGCCAAGAGCUGUUGUUGUUCCACCACGACAAGAAACUGCUAUAAUGUAUGUCGUGUCACCGGUUCCUCUCGGCCUACAUGUGCAAGCUUAUGUGGUUGCAAGAUUUUGGAAAAAUGUGUGCCUCCAUGUGACCGCUUCAACCUUGUCACGGACGCAGACGAAGCAAAAUCCAUUGAGUUCUGCAAGUUGGGAUGCAUGUCCUCAUUGUGCGGGAACAUCAACUCUGUUGUUGCGAUUCAAGAAGUGAACGAUGUCAAAGAUCAUUGCAAAACUGGAUGCUACCAUCUCUGCACUAAGGAUUAUGAAUUUGGCGAAGUCCUUGCUUAAGAAAGUGUGAGAGUCGACAUUUCAUGUUGAAUAUACGGGAGUGUCAAUGUUAUAUUGAAUAACUGGAUAACAUGUUCAAUCCAGUGUGUCAAUUUAUUUCUGCUUGUAAGUGUCUCGGUGAUGCGAUAUUAUUGAUAAUUAAUGUGCUCAUCGUUUUGUAACAAACGUAUGUCAUAUCCAAUAUAAUGUGAUGUAUUAUUAUAA